CUUUCAGCCUUUGAAAAAUCCAAUAUAUGAAAAGAAAAUAGCAGGGUUACUAGUGUUACUCUCUUUGGCCAGAGUAAUUCUCCGUCAGCUGCUUAAUAAUUUAAUUUUUUCGAUAAUGGCAUGAUGAUCAUGGAGCUUACCUGCGAAUCCCGGAUCACCGCCGUGUCGCCGUUUAACUCGGUGACCCGGAGGCGGAAUCGGACCCUAACUUCUCAAUCCAUGUAAGAUCGGGAAUUUACGAACUUUUUAGAUUUUUUUAAAGAGAAAAUCCCAAACCCAGAAGUUUUCGAUAGCACCCAUCUUUCGGGGAUGUGUGCAUCUUAAUUUGUUGUUCUUGGGUUUUGGAAAAGGCGAGUUUUGGCAUUUUGAUCUCAGGAACUGGGAUUUGAGCAGCAAGAAUGGAACUCACAAUCACCCAACCUGAUGAUUGGCAUCUUCAUCUCCGCGACAGCGAUCUUCUUCAUGCUGUUGCUCCCCACAGUGCGAGUACUUUCAGGAGAGCGAUAGUGAUGCCGAAUCUGAAGCCUCCUAUAACCACCACGGCAGCUGCCAUUGCAUAUCGGGAAUCCAUCUUGAAAGCUCUGCCUAGUGGGAGUAGCUUUGAUCCACUUAUGACCCUUUACCUGACAGACACGACCAGUCCCAGUGAGAUCAAGCUCGCUAGGCAAAGUGGUGUGGUUUACGGGGUGAAGUUGUAUCCUGCUGGAGCCACAACUAACUCUCAAGACGGUGUUACCGACCUCUUUGGCAAAUGCUUGUCAGUUCUUGAGGAGAUGGUUCGACAAAACAUGCCGUUACUGGUUCAUGGGGAGGUCACGGAUCCGGAUGUCGAUAUCUUUGAUCGUGAGAAAGUCUUCAUUGAGACAGUUUUAGAACCUCUGAUCCAACAGCUUCCACAGUUGAAGAUAGUUAUGGAACAUAUCACAACAAUGGAUGCUGUUAAGUUUGUUGAAUCUUGCAAAGAAGGAUUCGUGGCUGCAACGGUCACACCCCAACAUCUCCUCCUCAACAGGAAUUCCCUUUUCCAAGGCGGAUUGCAGCCUCAUAACUAUUGUCUUCCGGUCCUGAAAAGAGAAAUGCACAGAGAGGCAAUUGUUCAAGCGGUGACUAGCGGGAGCAAGAAAUUCUUCCUCGGGACAGACAGUGCACCACACGAAAGGAGAAGAAAAGAAUCAUCAAACGGCUGUGCUGGUAUUUACAGUUCUCCCAUUGCAUUGUCCUUAUACGCCAAGGUCUUUGAGGAGGAAGGGGCACUUGAUAAACUGGAAGCUUUCACGAGCUUUAAUGGACCUGAUUUCUAUGGCGUCCCCAGGAACUCGUCGAAGGUGACACUGAAGAGAGAUCCAUGGAAGGUUCCUGAGCUUUUCUCCUUCUCAUUUGGAGAGAUCGUCCCCCUGUUUGCCGGCCGAACUCUCCAAUGGCAAGUGGUCUCUGACUGAAAUCUGUUGGUUACUGAUAAGCUUCUCUUAAUGGGGCGUUGAAGUGGAAUAAGGGCAAGUUACUAAACCGCAAGACAAGUGUACUGUUUUUGUUUAAUGCUCAAUUAUGGAUAAAUUAAUAAAUCAUGAUUUUACAAUAUUCUGCUAUUAUUAUGUGUAAACA